GAGAAACAAAACAACCUAACUAAAAAGCUUCUACACGAAUUCCUCCAGGCUCAUGAAAAUAGAACAGCAACAAGUGUUUGUUACAGACUUCAUACCGGACCGUCAUCCCGCCAACGCGAAUGCCACGCUGACAUCUGACCUCGUGUUAGUAAACGGGCCCCGCUCCGCCGAGGCCAGCUAACCAACAAGGUCCUCAAACUCCGCCCAACUCCGCUUCAUGACACCAUUGCUUUUAUCGUCAAAAGUAAACAAAAGCAACACUCUUAUAUCUUCACUUUUCGCAGGCAUAAACACACUGGACUAGAGUAUAUGACCAAGCCGGUUCAGGAUUACGACACAAACUAAAACAUGUCUGAACCCGCCUUCCGCCCAGACCCCUCCUCCCCCGCCGACUGCGCCGAGAACCACCGGCGCAUGCUCGCCGGCGAGUUGUACUACAGCUGGACUCCUGACCUGGUAAAAGGCAGAGCGCGCUGCAAGAGCGCCAUGCUCAAGUACAAUACGGAGGCGGCGGACGGGGAGACGAGUAGGAGGAGGGUAGCCGAGUUGUUGAUGGACCUCCUCCAAGACCCAACCCCCUUGCCUCCCAAGCUGGACGACCCCGAGCAAGACGCCGACCAAUUCGAUGACUUCCCCUACAUCGACACGCCCAUCAAGAUGGACUACGGCAGCAAUGUCAGGCUGGGCAAGGGGGUGUACAUGAACUCCUCGUGCACUUUACUAGACGUGUGUCCCAUUACCAUCGGGGCACGCACGCUCAUCGGUCCUAAUGUCCACUUUUACUCUGCCUCGCACCCUAUUGAUCCGAUCACGCGGAACGGAAUGAGGGGGCCGGAGCUAGGGAAGCCGAUUACGGUUGGAGAGGAUUGUUGGUUUGGUGGGAGUUGCGUGGUGUUGCCGGGAGUGACGAUUGGGAGGGGGGUGGUGGUUGGGGCGGGAAGUGUGGUGACCAAGGAUGUAGAGGAUUUUGUGGUUGUUGCGGGGAAUCCGGCGAGGGUGGUGAAGAGGUUGGAUGUGGAGAGGGAGAAGUAUGAGGCGAUGGUAAAGGAGAAUAAGGAGAGGGGGCAUUGAGAGGAGCAAAAGGCAAUGCGGAAACAAAAAGUGAAGAUGGAACAAGGGCUCAGGAAUGCAGGGAGCGGACUAGAACUGGCCGAUGAGGCAUGACAUGAUGGAAGCGGCCCUGAGCAUCAAACGUGGUCAAGCUCGCGAACUCGGCCCAUCAUUCCUCCAAGCAUCCUCCAUCUUUCUACGGACCUUUGCAUUCAACUCUAUCCACCUCUGAUUCAUUUCCUCACUGCUCAGGAGCCCUUUCCUCCAUCCGGAUACGUAUCGAGAUCCUCCAUCCCGUUAUAACUUCCAUACUCCAACCCCAGAACCCGACAGAGCGCCCGCGCUUUACCAUUCAACCAAUUCCCAUGAUUUAGCCCGUUCUUCCAAUGGUCUGGUAACGCCGUGCGCCCCAGUAACGCGCCCAAUAACGCCCCAGCAAAACAAGCAUUGGUAUCCGCGUCGCCACCCUCCAUAACCAAUUGCGUGAUCAACCGUUCGAACCGCUCUUGUGUUGUCUGGGGUCCAUCCGCCUUCAUCCGCUCCCUCAUGGCCUUCCGAAGGAGUACAACUCCUGCACCGAGAGUCUUGUAGACAUAGCCUAUCUUGCUCUCUUCAUCCAGCUUCAGGUCUUUCAGCGUGACCUCAGGUCCCACAUGCCCCCACAGCUCUCUUUCACCCAGUUCUACUUCCUUGACCGCACCAACCAUGUUGACCCCCCUCGACCUAUACCACUGCUGCCCCCUUUGUAUCAAAUGAGUUAUAUCCCCUUCCGAUUCCACCUCCCCCCUCACCAGCCGCCUCACCAGUGCACUCCCAACGACACAAGCCAGCACGCACCUGGGAUCCGCAUGGGUGACCCUCCCCAACUCCGCCGCCAAGGUAAAUGUCUCCUCUUCUGACCUCCACACGCACAUCAGUCCCACUGGCGCAGUCCUCAUGAGACUUCCGUUAGGCGCCAGCUUGUCACCAUUGGGAGCCGUCUUCCGUUCCCAGUACUCGCGCGCAACGCGGACAGGGUCGCGCAAGAAAUCGGGUGAUUUUACCACGGCGCCGACGAGCGAGCCGAGACCGAGGGGGGGCGUGUCGAGGGGCCGCAGGCCGCAUUGGACCCAGAUGGAAAGGCGGCUGGCGAGGUCCACAGGGGUGGGGAGCGAUUGAGAGGCAAUCUCCACGGCGAAAGCAGUGCCAUGGCCAUCGUCCAAAGAAAUUGGUACGGGUUUCAAGGGAGCGACGCCGGGUCCGGGUGUUUUGGCCGUGUGUAGGAAGGAAAGCAGGAUGAGGAGACAGUGAUCGGUAUCGUCUGUCCAGUCUCCAGGCGUAUGCGGGGCACGGUGGUGGUCAACUUUGAAGGAUGUUGGUCCUGCUUGGUCUUGCGAGUUCGGGGAGGAUACGGUAGACAGGACGAAGCGCUUGUGCGGGUAGGCUUUCUCUGACUCUGCGGCAGAGAGGAAUUCGGUGUAGAGGCCGAUUGCGUCGCCGAGGGCGGAGCCGAUGAGGGCGCCGACAACGCGGUCGGCCAACAAGACGCGGAGGAGGUCGGAUUCCGUGACGGAAGACCGCCGGGUGCGGUAGAGGAAGUCCAUGGUUGUGGUUGUGGUCAGCGCGGUCAGCAAGAUAUUAAUGUCGGGACCUCGUCUAGGGAGGGCUUAUGAUGGAGAAGGACGGGGGAGAAGGCCAUUGUUAUGGCUGUCGAGCUUAGGUCGGCUAUGGCUGAGGUGACAUGUUGGGCUAAUGGUGCCUACUGGUGCCUAGAGGCUCGUCGAGGCGGAUGACGUGGUACGGCGCAGCCGGGGGAUCUGGUGAUCGAUCAAUGAAUGGAUGGAUGGAAGAAGCUACCUACCUAAAGGCUCGAUGAUGAUGAUGAUGACAGAGGGGUUCUGUUGCGAUAAGCGGGCGAUAAGGUAGCCGAUGCGGGGCAGCUCAGGCCACGCACGUUUUGUGGAGUUCCAUUGCGCGCGGGAAGCCGACGGAAAGUGGGCAGCGCUGUCUUAGCGCGUUUCUCCCUAUGGUUCAGCGCAGUGAGUACCUAACCUCCAUCUUCGGCAUCCAAUCUUUCCGCGACAACCUCCACCUCACUUUCUUCCCGUCUCUUCCUCUGACAAGAAGCAUCCAUCCCGUCAUGCCGUCGCUGCCAUCACCAGGGACACUGCUUUACGUGAGACGACUACCUACCUACCAUUGGGUCACUCUUCACGGGCACAUGGACGAAUUUUCCCAAAUAACGACGCAACUUAAUCAUGCCUGGUCUGAUACCUACCUCUAUGUUUCCGGCAGAAGACUGGAAGGCCCUCUGCAAGGAAAACAAGCAUUGCCAGGAAUACAUGAGGGGACUGCACGUUGAUUCCUACUUCGGACUUUGACUGUACCCCUUGUCAAUACAUAUUAUAGUGAUGAACCC